AUGAAAUUCUUUAGUUUGUUGUUUUUGGUGAUGAGGCAAGUGCGGGUUGAGUACGAUUUUGCGGCUCAGCCUGGUUCGGGAGAGAUGAGUGUGACGACUGGAGAGAUAUUGUCCAUUGUUAGAGAGAAUGUGUCCGGUGGAUGGAUGGAGGCAAAGAACAAUCGAGGCGAGCUUGGGUUAGUCCCGGAAAGCUAUGUGGCUACGUAUGUGCCGCCGGCAAUCUCAGCGCCGAUCCCCACAGUCCCGGUCCCCAAUGUGCCUUCAGCUCCACCGGUUCCUCCAUUCACCGCCCCGAAAGCGGUUCCAUUCGACAAUUGGGGAAAUGACACCUACAUUCCACCAACAUACUCGCAAAAUCUUCCUGCUGGACAUGAAACCAUUCCACAACGACCGGUCUCUCAUUCGAUGAAUGACGAUUUUGAUGACGAGUGGACAGAUGACGAUGAUGAGGCACAGGAAACCGAACUUCCACCAGCGCCCGGUUUUCGGCCAACCGCUUCAAAUGCUUUGGAGCCAAGAUCGGUGAAUCUGGGACGAACACAGAGUACAGCUAGUGGAAUUGGACAACAGACAAAGAUCAGUCGAAGCAUUAACAGAUUCACACAAUUCGUGAAAUCUGGUAUGGAAUCGUACAUUUUAUCGGAUACGCUGAGAAAUGUGCCUGCUCACGAGAAAUUAGAGAUCAUCAUCUCUAACCAAGGCCCCAUUUGGCGUCCCGUCGAUCAGCACUACUCUUGCACGAUUGACAAGCCGAAAAAGGAGAGUAAACUGAAGGGAUUGAAGUCGUUUAUCGCUUACUCACUAACAAGCAGUGCCUCGGGAAUACAGGUGGCUCGUCGCUACAAGCACUUCGAUUGGUUACACGAGCAAUUGCAAUCGAAAUUCAUCAUGUUGUCCAUUCCGCCACUUCCCGAGAAACAAGUCGCAGGGCGUUACGAGGAGGAUCUGAUCGAUCAUCGAAAGCAUAUCUUGCAACUUUAUGUAAACAAAAUUUGUCGUCAUCCAGUCAUUAGCCGCUCCGAGGUGUGGCUUCAUUUCAUGACGUGCACCGAUGAAAAACAAUGGAAAAUUGGGAAGAGAAAAGCUGAGAAAGAUGAGUUUGUUGGCGGGAAUUUCCUGUACACUGUGCACUUUCCCGAGCAGCCGCUUCAAAUGCACGAAGUUGAACGUCAAAUGGAUGUUUUCCAACGUGGAGUGCGCUCGAUGGAGGACAGUGUCCGAGUGAUGAGCGAACGAUUGGGCACUUUCCAAAAGCUCUACUCUGGAUCUGUCAAACAAAAUUGGCAACGGAUGGCUGCCGCUUUUCAAGGGCUCGGGCAAUCGUUUGAAGCUGAUGGAACACCAGCAAGUGCUCGCAUGAUGGAAGCCUUACAUCGAACCGGUCAUCAAUACAAUUCGAUCGGCGAUGAGGUGGAGAGACACACAAAAGAGGAUAUGGAGCCGGUGUUGGAGAGUCUUUUCUCAUACAAAGGAACUAUUCAAUCAGUUCCUGAUAUUUUAUCAUUGCACAAGCAAGCGGUUGGAAAAUUUCGCGAAACCGAGGGAAAAGCUUCAGCGGUUGAUGUUGAGCGAAUAAGGAAACGAGUUGACAACACGAGCUAUUUGGUGUUGGCUGAGAUGAAUCAUUUGAACGCUGAAAAGGUGGAAGACUUCAAACAAAUGAUGGGCACUUAUCUGAAGAAACAAGCGGAAUUCCAUCAAAAAUGUGCAAACACGCUUAAUGAAUUGGCUCGUCUUUAUUCU